AUGCAUUCAUUCCUACAUUCUUCCGACCAGCUGUUUCCAAUCGGCGACCACGCAUACUAUGAUACUCUUCUCCUUCAGAUGGGCCUGAAUGGCAAUCCUGGCAAGAACGCCGAAUACAAACGAGGCUUGAGAGACAUCCUACAACAGAUGAGAGAUGACGGAAAUUUGGCCACCGAAGCUGUUGCUACACGCGUGGCCCAGUAUCGGAGAGAUUUCCUUGGAGAUCCCUCAAACAUACUUGGUUUGAAUUAG